AUGCACAGCUUUGAGAGAGAUGUUUUGGAUUCACCAGGAGGAAAAGGGCGGGGCGAGGCGGCGGCGGCGGCGGCGGCGGCGGCGCGGGGCGCGCGGUCGGCCGCAGGGGCGGGCGCCAACGGCCUGGAGGCGCCCCCGCCGGAUCCGCAGGGCUACGGCACGCGCUGGAUGUACAUCCCCGACGGCGAGGGCGUGCCGCGCGUCGCCUUCCUGGAGCCGCCCACUGACGACGGCUGCAAGAACAAGAUUGAAGGCCAACGCAUCUACGUGAACAACACGCAGUCGCUACGAUCAUCGUAUUUCGACGCGAGCAAGCCAACGUAUUUCCUAGUGCAUGGCUGGUUGUCGAGUGAAUUAAGCACCACAGUUACCAAUCUGCGAGACGCGUAUCUGAGCGUGGGCGACUACAACGUGGUGGCGGUGGACUGGUCGAGCUGGGCGUCCAGCAGCACAUACUGGUGGUCCAAGAUCAGCGUGCCGGCCGUGGGGGAGCUGCUGGGCCAGCUGGCCAUCAUGAUGACGCGCGAGGGCGCCAAGGCGCGGGACAUGCACCUGGUGGGGCACAGCCUCGGGGCGCACGUGGUGGGCGCGGCCGGCAGCAUUCUCGCCCGCCACGACCGCGGCGCCCGCAUCACCGGACUCUACCGCAAAGAUCGCUUCCAAGGUGCAUUCUCUACAUGCCUCACCGCCAUGUUCUUCUAUGUGUUAGGGUUGGAUCCAGCUCUUCCGGGAUUCCAGUAUUACGAAUACGCAGAAGGGCGCCUGGACGAGACAGACGGCGAGUUCGUGCAGGUAAUUCACACGUGCUCCGGAGCGCUGGGCUACACUUCCCCCAUCGGACACGCUGACUUCUACCCCAACAACGGAACUCCCAUGCAACCAGGUUGCUGCUGCAUGCCAGAGGUCGUACAAGCUUGCAGUCACGCUCGAGCUCAUGAAUACUUUGCAGAAUCCAUCGUUUCCGAAGUUGGAUUUUACGCUGUAAACUGCGCAACGUGGGACGAAUAUGUUAAUAAGAAAUGUUCAAGCAAUAAAGCUGUACUGAUGGGUGAAAAAACGCCAAGAAGUGCUCGAGGGAUGUACUUCCUUUCAACCAAUUCUAGUUCACCAUUUGCUCUUGGUUUGGAAGACUGGAUGGAAGCGUCUGAAACGUAAUUUUUACAAC